CUCCCGGGAUCAUGUCGGCCCCAGACCAGGCCUGUAGGAAAUUCCAGGCCAACUUCUUUAACCGGAGCAAAUGUCAAAACUGCUUCAAAGCUCGUGAUUCGCACCCGGUGUCAGACCGCGACCGGAGUCAGGCAAAACCUAUCUAUGGAGGGUGGUUGCUAUUGGCUCCUGAAGGGAUUAGCUUUGACAAUCCAGGACAGAGGUCAAGAAAAUGGCAGAGACGAUUUUUCAUCCUCUAUGAACAUGGCUUGCUCUGCUACGCAUUGGAUGAGAUGCCCAGCACCCUGCCACAAGGCAGCAUCAACAUGAACCAGUCCACCGAUGUGCUGGAGGGCGAGAGCACCACUGCUCACAAAUAUUCACUCUGCAUUUUAACACCAGAGAAACAACACUUCAUCAGAGCUGAGAACCGAGAGACCAUCAACGGCUGGUUUGAGACGCUGAUUGUGUAUCCACGCGCCAACAAACAGAACCCAAAGAAGAAACGUAAAGUGGAGUCUCCCCCGGCCCAGGAGCCCGGACCGGCAAAGAUUGCAGUCACUCAGUGCCACAUUCCAGGUGUUGAGAAGAUCCCCAGCCAGAAGUCAACAUUGUGGCAGAAAGAGCUUCCGGAAACCAGGAAUCAUCCCCAACAUUGCCCCCAGGGCCCGGCACCCAUGGCUGUGUUUCCUAGAACCCCUGCACUGGAUGAGGGUUCAGGAACCAAGGAGACCUUCGGCACAGCCAGCACCAGCCACAGAGGUGGGCAACAUAGGAACGACUGCUGCUCCCUGGAGAAGCUUCCUGCCACCUAUAAACCGCUGGGUUCCUUGCCAGGCACUGGCACUUUCAGCAGGUAUAGUUGCCCUGAGAGUGGCAGUGUGGCAGCCUGUUCCCCUCAGCUCUCCUGCCAUCCUUUCCCUCCCACAGAUCGCAACCUCUCCAUUAGCUCGUCCCAGAGUUCCUUGGGCUCGGACACCAGCAGCAGCUCACUGAGCAGUGCCAGCCCCCUGGACACUCUGGGGCCGGGGCUGGAGACGAGGCACACUGACUAUGUCACACUGGCUGACAUUCCCAGAGUCAAGAGGAACAGUCACCGGGAAGCGUUCAGAGCAGAGCGUCAGGCCAGGGCUCGAAGUCCAGGCAGAGAGGAAGUCAUUCGCUUGUUCGGGUAUGAAAGAAGGAAGUCCCAGGUCAUUGAGCAGUUUGAGGCUCUGCAGAUGGAGGCCAGCUCCCCAGGCGAUACGAAGAUCAACAAUGAGACUCGACAAGGUCGAAGUGAGACCAGGAACUUCUCAGGAAAAGGGUACGUGGAGACCGGUAGCUCAGUGGAAUGUGUGUCUGAGUCGGGCAACCUGAGCUCAGUACAUCCUCCCCUGUGUUCUCGGGCAAUGUCACUGGACAGGAGAGUAACUGAGUGUGCAGUGACGCCAGACCUGCUGAACUUUAAGAAGGGCUGGAUGUCCAAGCUCUCUGAAGAGGGUCAGUGGAAGAAACAUUGGUUUGUUCUAACUGAUCGCUUCCUGAGGUUUUACCGCGAUUCUGUAGCUGAGGAGGCAGUGGAUUUAGACGGUGAGGUUGAUUUAAACGGCUGCUCCGAGGCGACAGAAUGUGAAGUGCAAAGAAACUACGGAUUUCAGAUCAACACCCAGGCAGGUGUGUGUGUCUUGUCCGCGAUGACGUCAGGAAUUCGAAACAGCUGGAUCCAGGCCAUCAUGAAAAAUGUGCGUCCAGUGACUAUGCCUGAUGUCGCCAGCCAUGUUUCGGAGGAGAAGCAGAAAGCCAGGACUCUGUUUGAAGGUUCCUUUAGAAUGAAAACAAAAGCUGAGACGGGAACAUGUGUAGAAACGGAAUCAAAGCGCAGCCGCACGCGGGAGCGGAGGCGAGAAGGAAGAUCCAAGACACUCGACUGGGCUGAGUUUUGUCGAGACACAAAGGUGGACUUGGAUCUGAGUAACAGCAGCGCGACUGAACCAGACCCUCGCGAGCUGGAGAGAGACCGAGCCCGACGUCGGGAAGAGAGACGCAGACGCUUUGAGACAGCUGAAGAUUCCCAUUCGCUGCAUGAUGAACCACUGAUGAAGCUGGAGGUGGACGGGUCAAUCAGGACCCCCAAAGCUGCCAGACCAGAGAAUGUUUCCGUGGAGAUUGAGCAACGAUGGCAUCAAGUAGAAAGUGCACGGCUUUGUGAAGAGAACCAGGUCCCAAUCCCAAUCCACAGCACCCAGGCUAAUGGGCAAGAAAGGCUCCCGGCCCAGGAGCCACAGGCACUCAGCACAGAGUUGGAGCAAGCACAGCGGGAGCUCCGGAAUCUGAAUGAACAAAAUCGACAACUUCAGGGUCAACUGCAGGUGUCGCGGGAGCAGACACAAGCGGCCCGCGAUGGUUACGUCCUUCAGACAAAGGUGACCUCUCCACCCCGAUCCUUGGAAACACACCAGUCAGCCAAUCCCCAUCUGCCCAUCGAGUUUGGGGCCGAAUGUGAGAAGCAGGCUCUGAACCAUGACCGUGAGGAAACCAGAGGUUUAAUCCACAUCCAUAAAGGAUCGGAUAACGGGGAGCCAACCACUGAGCAACAACUGGCCAAAUGGCAACAAAAGAGCACAGUGGAGUGGGAGCAGGAGAGGACCUUAAACUUGCAGUUGAGGGAAAGUGAGGAAAGGCUGGAGGCAGAAGUUCUGUUUUUAGAGAAAACUCAAGCUCUUUGGGAGUUAGAAAGACAACAGAUUUCACAAAGAGGCGACAUGCAAACACUACAAUACAGCAGACAGCUCCAUGCCAGUGAGCAAGGUAUUCUGAACGAAGAAGAAAUGUUUCAGAAACAUUACGAGAUCUUUAAACAAAAUUAUGUAAAAGAAAAGGCGAUCCAACUUCAAACUCUGAGGAGGGGGGAAGAAAGCCUGGAGCAAUACGAGAACUGUUUGGGUGAUUUUAAAGAACAACUGGAUGAUUUGCAGAGAGGAAAGCCCAGAAACUCGCUGCAGGGAAGCCAGAUGUCACAACUGCUGGAGGAGCAAGACAUCACCGUUCAGAUCUUGUCCCAGUCGCUGAUGCAAUGUGAGAAAGAGCAGCUGGUGGAAAAGGUUAUGAACAAAGCAACCAAACGGCAGGAUCAGCCAGCGGAGAUUCUAAUGGUGAAGAACUCUCACAAACAGCUCACUCAGCAGCUUCAGGUGGCUCACAAGCUGUUGGAUGAGAAAAGCAGAGAAUUGAAUGAGGUGAAGGAUGUGUACGAGAACCUUAUUAAGAAGAAGGAUAGAAUGCUCAAUGAGGCCAUGAUUAAACUCUAUGCCCUGGGAAACAGUUUAGAGGAAACUGAGAAACAACUCCAAGCCCAAACAUCCCUGCUUCAGCAGCUCAGCCCACAAGAUGCCAGCACACAUACACUGAAUCAACAAGACAACUUACAGAACAAAUUGUCCACUGCAGAGAAGCAGAUUAGUGAACUAAAACAACAAUUAGAUAUGCUGCAACUUGAGAACGAGGAACUAGAGCUAAAAAAUACAAGAAUGGGUAGUUUGCAGCAAUAUGAAGCAUCUCAGGAAAGUGAAUUAAAAGCUGAACUGACUUCAACAGAGCCUGACCUUAUACUGAGCGGUGUGGAUAAUGGUGUGACAGGAGGAGAAUCAGAUUCAGCUUUUCCUAAAUGGCAAAGGAUCAGAUUCUCCAGAAUUCAGUGUCACAAGUACAGAGCUGGAGAUGGAACAGGAAAACUGUUGGGGCUCGGCUUAGCAUCUGAUAUUAGUCAGGGAAGGUCCCUAUCUGUGGAUGGGUACUUUCAGCUCCAUUGUACGCUGCUUCCUCUGCAGGGAGCGAAGCAGGAAAAGAGCUUCUAUCUUCUGACGAAACUAAAAGCUGCAACUUUGAUACUGGAAAAAGAGGCCGACCAAGAUGUUCCCAAUCCGAAGAGGAUGAAACCGGAAGCGCAGCUUCAAGAACAACUGCAGGAGAGUGUGUUUACGGCUGAUUCCGUAAACAUCCGACUGGAAGUGGAAAAAGCAAAGAGAUGGAAAUUAAUCCAAGAUCUGAACGGCCAUCUGGGGGCAAUUGAGCUGCAAUACGGGCAGGUCUGCUCGUUGAUGGAGACGUGUGACCACAAUGUCCAGGUGCUGCUUCGAGAAAGUAACAAAGCAAGCAGUGUCCAUCUUCACACCUUGUUAGAGGUGCAGAGCAGCCUUGCUAAUGCUAUCCAUUGCUUGGAGAAAGUGAGAAGAUCCUUAGAGCAGCAGCACAUGGAGCUGCAGGACGCUCACGAGCAGAUACACAAUGGUCUGUCAGACAGAGCGAUGCUUCUCCGAGGCCAGUUCCUGCUGGCGAGGGAGAGGGAAGUCUUCCAGCAACAGGAAGCAUCCGACCAGGACAAGGUCAAGCUCUUUGCUGACAAAUUGGCUUUUGAAGCCUUAAUCCUCAAUAAGAUGGCUCAAACGUUGCAAAGUGAAGCGAGUGACUCAACGGGAUUGGGAGGACUCUGUGAAGAGUUUGAGGUCUUUGUGUCUGAAGCUGACAAUGUUGCUGAUGGCACAAGUGAACCAUGCAGCACUGUUGACUUUGCAGAAAUCUUAUUAAAGAAAAUAAUUUCAGAAGGAGAAUUCUGGAUUGAAGUGGAGAAGUUGAGAAAAAAUAUCAGACCAGAGGAAGAUAAAGACAAAAAGGAAGAAUGUGAUGCUGUUUUAAUUGAUGCGUUUGCUAGUAAAGUAGCGCAGAGUGCUUCACUAAAAGCAGAGCUAACUUUAUCCGUGCAAAAGGUCGCAGAGUUCUUCAGACUAAAAGUUCAAAACCUUGAACAAGAGAUUCAGACAGCUCGGCAGGAAAUCAGGGAGAAAGACAAGAUAUUGAGCGAAGUUCUAGAUCCCUCCAAGUCUCCGGCACACAGUGAGUUUGUGCAGCUUUUAAAGGAAGUUCCCGAGAGAAAGAUGUUCAACAUAAGGCACCCAGAGUUGAUUUUAGCACAAAUUGAAAGGGAAGAGGCCAGGAACCCGACUUUAAAUGUUGUUGAAAAACAUUUAAAUGACAUUUCCGGAAAGAAACAGGAGGAAUGUGACUUUUCAGCCAGAGCAGAGUUGUCAGAUCAGCUGAAGGAACGUGCCAACAUCCUGCAGCAAUUAGCGGAAGGUCUGCAGUCGCUGUCUCAGGGGGAAACAGAGACAAUCCGUCAGAAACUACUGGAGGUUUCACAGGUUCUCUCAUCCUACGUUUACAUGAAAAAUAUCAACAAUUAUGCUUCGGUGUUGGUGCAGGAGGCGGGGAUUCAGGCUCAGAUUAGCUACAUAGUCUGUAAAAUACAAACCGACUACAAGGAGGAGCACAAAAGAUACAAGGAUUUGUGCAGUGACAUGGAUGCCUUGUGUCAGAAACAUGCCAAAAAUAUUGCUUCUAUUCAGCUGAAAUACGAGGAGGUUCUCCACAAGGAAUGGCAGGGUUACUCAGAAGCACUGGCAACGCUUGAGAAAGAAAAUGAAGCCCUUAAGCAUCAGAACUCUUGUUUGGACGCUGAACUCGCCCUGAAACAAACAUUACUGCAAGACAUGGAGAAGAAACACCAGGACAGCUUGCAGCAGGUCCAAGCCGAGCAUGAACUGGAGUUAAAAUUGAUUCACAAAAACCUAGAGGGACUGGAAACAGCAGAUCAGAACACGUUAGGUGUUGCUCCGAGGGAAGCUGAGUCCCCCAAAAACUGUCAACAAACAAAGAUCAAGGACCUGGAAGAAUGUUUCCACAAUAAAAUGCAGGAGCUCUCGAGAGUGCGUGAAGAUGAAAAUCAUCUACAUGCCCAAUACGAGCAAAGGGUCAGAGCGCUGGAAAAUGCUCUUGAGUACAAGAGGGAAAAUUCAGAAUCAUUAUUUCAGCAGAGCUUCCUCAGGAAGAGGAGCAGUGGCACCAAGGAAGAUACGGGGCCCAGGAGAAGGCAGCUCCUGGGAGACGUGGGCCAGGCUGAGGGGAGGUUUCACCUCGACAGCAUGACCGUGCUGCAAGAGCGCAUCGAGGACCUGGAGACCCAGAUGAAUCUAAUGCGCGAUGAACUGGAGCAAAAAGGCCUGGAGGAAAACGCUGCAGAUCUGAAGGAGAAAAAACAGAAAGACUUUGACAAUCUUAAGGCCACGUGUGAGCGAGCGUUCGCUGCCAUGGAGGAGUCUCACCACAAGGUGCUGGAGGAUCUGCAGCGUCGACACCAGCGGGAGCGGGAGACGCUGGAGAGGGAGAAGCAGCAGCUCCUGGCGGAGGAGACGGCAGCCACCAUCGCGGCUAUUGAAGCCAUGAAGAAUGCUCACAGGGAGGAGCUGGAGCGGGAACAAGGGAAAACCCAGCGAUCUCAAAUCAGUGGCAUGAAUUCAGAUACAGAAGCUUUGCACAAGCAGCACAUGGAGGAAAUUGAAUCUGUUCAGCGGGAGCUGGAGGUUCUGUCGGAACAAUAUUCCCACAAGUGUUUGGAGAACGCUCACCUGGCCCAGGCGCUGGAGGCUGAACGCCAGGCGCUGCAACAGUGUCAGCGGGAGAAUCAGGAGCUCAACACACACAACCAGGAUUUGAACAAGCGCCUGGCUGCAGAAUUUGCACGUUUACGGGAGCUGGUGACGGGGGAGGGGCGGGGAGACCGUGCUGGCUCACCAAGCUCACAGGGGAAAGAUGGCUAUGAACUAGAGGUUUUAUUGCGGGUCAAAGAAUCUGAAAUUCAGUAUCUUAAACAAGAGAUUAGUUCAGUAAAAGAUGAAUUGCACACCGCCCUGAGGGACAAGAAAUACUCGACAGAUAAGUACAAGGAUAUUUACACAGAGCUGAGCAUCGUUCGAGCCAAGGCCGAUUGUGACAUCAACCGGUUGAGAGAACAGUUAAAAGAGGCGACUGAGGCUCUGUGUGGCGGCAGUGGACAUGUUCCUGUUUAUGACAUAAUGAAAUCUAAAAGUAACCCUGAUUUCCUGAAGAGGGAGAGACCUCAGUACAGCCGUCCCCUGCGCACCCUGAGGUCGAAGAGUUUGAAGGAAGGUCUGACAAUACAAGAACGCAUGAAGCUUUUUGAAUCCAAGGAUUCCAGGAAACUAUAACGAGCUUUGAGACCACAUCACUAUUAGCAGCAACACCAAGUCACAGUCUGUGUAGCCACUCACUGUGUUUAGUAACACCACUCACUGUGUUAGUAACACCGCUCACUGUGUUAGUAACAUCACUCCUGCAGAUAAUGAAUCCGGUUCAGCCUAACUUUGCACAUUAAUUGCUGCACAGUUAAAAUGGUUUGUAAAUUAUCGUAUAGAAUUGUAGUUGAGAAAGCAGAUUACCUCUGUCAUUAAAUACAAAUUAUUCACAUUA